AUGGACGAUCUGAACAAGGUUGUCGGUGCCAGUCUGUCGGUGUCGAGCAAGACUGCUGCGGUGGGCUUCAUCUGCUUGUUUGUCGCCGGUAUCAUUGUGGUCUUCAAGCGCCUUGUGCUGCAUCCCUUGGGCCGCUAUCCAGGCCCCUUAAUCGGACGUUUGACAAGUCUCUACAACACCUACCAUGCGUUCAGAAAAGACCAAGCACGCAAUCUGCACCAGCUUCACGAGAAGUACGGUCCAAUCGUGCGCUAUGGUCCCAACCAUGUCAGCAUCAGGUCCGCUGAAGGCGUGAAAAUGCUAUACACGAACAGCCGUUACACUAGGAAAGCCGAUAACUAUCUCGCUUUCCCAAGAAACCCCGAGAAGGCUAGUUUGUUCUCAUCCAUCAACAAGCAAGUGCAUGCGAGGAAGCGACGAAUCUUGCGACAAGGCUUCUCCGACUCAGCACUUAAGACAGCGGGUGUCACCAUCAAGAAGCAUGUCGCGACGCUAUGCCAAUGUUUGGAGUUUUUGGACAACGACAAGCAAGAGGGUUAUAUCUUGUCAGGGAAAGAGAAGUCCCAGCCGGGUUCUUGGAGCAAGCCGAAGAACUUCUCUGAGUGGAUCAACCGAUUCACCUUUGAUGUGUCUAGCGACUUGUCAUUUUCCAAGUCGUUCGAGAUGAUGCGGUAUGCUGGAAACAGACACAUUAUCAAAAUUCUGCAUGAGACUUUGUGGGCAGACAAUGUUACCGGGUCAUCUCUGACUCUUCUUCAUAAGUUGAGACUCAAGUGGCUGCUCUUCCUGUAUCACGUACGAUCAACGGUUACUUUUGACACGUUCAUUGAGAAGGCAGCUGGCGAGAGAGUGAGCAAGAUCAGCGAGUCUAAGAAAGACUUCAUGUUCUGGCUUACCGGGGCAGUUGAUCCAGUAACUGGGGAUACUUUCACCAUGGAAGAGCUUGUUGAAGAGGCUAUCUUACUUAUUACAGCAGGGAGUGACACAUCGUCAACGGCAAUCAGCUCUACGAUCUAUUAUCUCCUUCAUAGCCCCGACAAGCUAGCCAGGCUCCAGAAGGAAGUCCGGAGCGUGUUCACCAGCAUUGACCAGAUUGAGUUUGGCACUGAGUUGCAAGCGUGCACUUAUCUUCGAGCAUGCAUCAAUGAGGGUCUUCGACUCUCUCCCCCAGCAGGCUCAGUUCUUCACCGCCAGGUGGAACCUGGUGGUGUCCAGGUCGGAGAUCAGUUCUAUCCUGAAGGAGUCAACAUCGGAGUCCCCGUCUUCUCAAUUCAUCAUGACAAAGAAUAUUUCCCCGAUCCAUUUUCAUUUCAACCGGAGAGAUGGAUCGUGGGGGAGACGCUUGCCGACGGCACCCUUGUUACCCCGGAGUUUCUCAAAUCCUCGUCUGGGGCUUUCAUGGCUUUCAGCGCUGGAACUCGCAGCUGGUAUGUUGGUAGAGCGCAACUUGUGUCUCAAGUUACCAACAUGAUUCCACCGAAGCCCGAUUACAAGUGGGAUGUCUACGAUAGCAAGAAGAACAAUGAGUCUCGCUAUGAUGUUAGCACUGGUCUAUGGUCAGGACCAGAGUUCAUUGAGAGCCCUGUUCUCUCGAUACACGGGUUAGCGCCGGGAUUGCACUAUGGUCAACAAGUUUUCGAGGGCCUUCAAGCUCGCAGAAACCCAGACGGCGACAUCCUCAUCUUCCGGCCGGACGCGAAUGCGGCUCGGAUGAGAAGAUCUGCUGCUUUCGUUUCCAUGCCGGAAGUUCCAGAUGACCUAUUCCUCGAGAGCGUCCAACUCGCGGUGAGAAUGAAUGGGGAGUAUGUCUGUCCUCACGAAGUCAAGGGAUCUCUCUACAUCCGCCCGUUUCAGUUCGGCUCCAGUGCUCAGAUCGGCCUGGACCCCCCUGAUGAGUUCCUAUUCUGUGUCUUUGUCCAGCCUCACAUAGCCUUUCAUGGGCAUGGCGCAAUCAAGGCCCUGGUGCUCGAUGACUUCGACCGCGCAGCAACCAGGGGAUCCGGUGCGGUGAAAGUUGGGGGCAACUACGCCCCCGUAAUUCGCUGGACCUCUGAAGCAAGGAAAGAGGGCUACAAUGUGCUCCUACAUCUAGACAGCCAAACACAAACUGAGAUAGACGAAUUCUCUACCUCGGGAUUUCUUGGUCUUCAAGAUACCGAUGGAGCAGUCACCUUGGUUGUCGCGACCAGCAAGGCUGCCAUUGAAAGCAUCACGGCAGACUGUGCUGCUCAGCUCGCCGCAACGUUCGGCUGGAAUGUCCAAAGACGCGCUGUGAGUAUCACCACAUGA